AUGUAUCUACGUGUCGCUCAUGCAGAGGCCAAUAUCGCCCUGCUACAGGAAUUCAUCAAGCAGAAUCCCUUGGGCAUCCUGACCACUGCCAUCAAGUCGGCAGUUCAUCCAUUCAUCCAAUCCAGCCAUAUUCCGUUUAUUCUUGAUGUCCCAGAGUUGAAUGAUACGAAUAGAAACAGUACGGAUGAUGGUCUCGAGAUAUAUGGAACUCUACGGGGUCAUAUGGCCAAACAAAAUCCGCAAGCAAAAGUGUUGAUGGAGACUCUCGCUGCAACCCAGAAUGAGCAUGGAGAUGAUACGAUCAGGGAACUGCCAGAUGAAGUCCUCAUACUCUUCAAUGGGCCCCAUCAUCACUACGUGACCCCUAAAUUCUACGUCGAGACCAAACCCACCACGGGCAAGGUCGUCCCGACGUGGAAUUAUUCCGCUGUUCAAGCCUAUGGGAAGAUAAAAGUCUACUGCGACUCAAAAUCGCAAGAAACUUCCUCAUUUAUACAAAGCCAGAUUGAAGCCCUGAGUCGUCAAGCAGAAACGUCUAUCAUGGGAUACACGGGAGCGGAAAGACCCAAGGCGUGGGAAGUGUCUGACGCUCCGAAUUCAUAUGUUGAUCUCCUCAAGAAGAACAUUAUUGGAAUCGAAAUUCAGAUUCACAGGUUGGAAGGAAAGUUCAAGAUGAGUCAGGAGAUGGGUAAAAAGGACAGAGAAGGUGUCAUUCAGGGAUUCAAUAAUCUGGACAGUGACGUUGGUAGGGAUAUAGCGAAGAUGGUGAAGGAGCGGGGAGACAUGAAAGAUGCACAGAAAUAG